AUCUGUUAGCACAUACACCUGAUAGAGAAGGCACCUUACCACAGUGAAGUGGUGCUUUGUGAAAUAGAGAUGCAGACAACACCACAAAGCACAGUGCUGUACACACUGUAAGGAGAUCUCCACAGCCUUCUCUCUGUCGAAGGGACCAUUCAUCUCCUCUGCUUCUGGUAGACCAGGACCAUCCACGGCAACUUUUUAAAAAACUUUCUCAGAUUUUUUUCAGAUGUACCCGUUAUGGAUGGGACGUGUGAGAGACUACAUAUUUGAUCAGAGGUGUGUUUUUUUUGACCACUUCCAGUUGGAAUCUGUAUGAGAGGCAGAUCAUGAGGACGUGCAAUGAGACGGGGAUGUGGGUGUUGACUCAGAUGGACUCGCACCUUUACUAUGAAGUCCUGCUGUGUUCCUCCAGCCUGAGCUAUGUGGUCAACAUGCUCCUGAGUGGCCCCUUGGUGCUAGCCAUCACCAGGCCACCUUCCCUGCUGAGCAAACUGCGCUUCCUGCUUCUAGUCCACCUGCUUUUCUGUGACAACCUGCAGCUGCUCCUCAAAACCACCACGGCGGCGCUGUUCACCUCCCAGUCGGGCAUGCUGGUGUCGCAGUGCCUCAUCCUCAUAGCGGCCACCCAGGCCUGCGCCAUGGUGGAGGUGCUCCUUAGCACCGCCCUGGCUGUGGAUCGCUGCGUGGCCAUCAAGUGGCCCCUGCGGUACGAGCUCCUCUUCAGCCCCCGCUGCAAACAGGCGCUGGUGGUGGUCGCGUGGGGAGCGUCUUUGUUCCUCUCUGCGGUGGCUCUGUGCAUGGCGCUCACCCACGUACAGGUCAAUGCUGACCUGCCGCGCUGCCGCCCCCUGGUGGUGGGCCGCUGCCUUUCUGAAAACUUGGCCCUGCGGGCGUUCUGCAUUUCGGUCAGUGCCCUGGUGCUGCCAGCCUCCUACCUGACCACGUUUGGCUGCUUUCUGCUGCUGUGCCGGGACCUCCACGGGCUCCCGCACUCCCGCCGAGCUGUGGUCACCCUGGCCCUACAGGCCAUCCAGAUGCUCUGCUACUCGGUGCCCGUGGUGCUGAACAGCUACCUGCUGCCCAACACCCUGCAGUACGACACCUUGGAAAUAGCCGUCUCCAACGCCUACAACCUGGGCAUUUCGCUGGUUCCGCUGGUGUACGGAUACCGCUCCCGGGAGCUGCAGAAGAGACUGCUGCAGACCCUGCCGCGCAGUGACAUCAGUCCUGGUCAAUGAUGUGGACAGCCCAAGCUUGCCUCAUACAUGGUUUCUUCUCUUUAUUCACAAACAUGAGUUAAGCAGCAAGUCAAAUAGGCAUUCAUCCUCUAAGCCCUCAAUGUGGAAAUACUGAUAAACCUCAUUCAACAGCCCGAUUCGGGAGGGAGUGAAUGCUGAAGUCUGAAAAAUAUCCCUCAUUGGAUAUGGCAUGCACGCACAGAAAUGGGUACUUUUUCCAUCUAAGCCAAAUCAAAUCCGGAACAAAAGGCUUGUUUCUGUUGUGUGGUUUUCCAGGGAAAUAAAGCUCUUGACUUGUGCCCUCUCUGAUUCUGGCCUCCAGAUUAUGAUGUUUUGUGUUCAGUGCCCCUUGUUGGGUACACACUGAAUCACUUUGGGUUCAUUGAUGCUGGAAACAGCCUUGUUAUCAGACAUUGAUUCAAGCCCUGCAAGCUGAAUCAACACUGCACAGAGAAGGCCACAUUUAGUUUUUUACCAGGAAGUAAUACUGUAACCAAAUAAUCUAAAAAUUGAACUACAGCAGAUGAACGUCAAGAGGUUUUCCCUUGUUCCUUUUAAUUGUUCCAAUGUAACAUCAAAGACCAUUAAAUAAAAGAUGGAUUCAUGAAUAGAUGUAGCAGAACCACAACACACAACAGUAGACCAGAAUGUAGACCAGCACAGAGACAGAACAGAAGCUUAAGAGUUGUUUAUUCAAUACUUUGAUAUUUAAAUAGAAUAUGCAAUCCAUUUGUACAAAACAUCCAACAAACAUUCAGGAGCAAAGAUAUACAAAGAGACAAAAAAAGCAAAUACUGGUUUGAAAAAACUGGCCACACGAUCACUUCAGACACAGUCUACAGCAGCGGAGGGCGAAGAGGCGAGGGCCCUCUAUGACUUGAGCACGGCCCACUUUACUGAGACUCAGGCACGAAGACGAGGGCUGUGUUCAGGAUGAAAAAGUGCUGCACACUGUGUUAGGUGUACGGUGUGAUGUUUCUUAAAAUCACUUGCUGGUCCUCGUUAAGGGUCUGGCCUGGCCACCAAAAUGGGCCCAAAAAAUGCCUCAAAGAUUGGUCCAAACGUUUCAUAGUGAAUGUAACAUUCAAGGCAAGUUGCAGCCUCAAACUCUGAGCUUGCUCAAAAAAAGACUCUAAAGACACGGAAUAACCAGGAGCAUUAUUUAGGCAUGUGAAGGAGGCCACAGAAUACUGUUUUGAGAUGUUUUUGAAAGUAGAAUGAUUCUGUGUUUGGCACAUCAAACUGUCAGCUUAAAACAGUAUAUGGAUGUUUCUUUAUACAGUGAGCUCCAUAAUGUUUGGGACAAAGUCAUUUUUUUUCUUCUUGAUUUGGCUCUGUACUUCACCAUUUAAGAUUUUUAAACAAACACACA